CAAAGUUCUAGUUGGAUGAACACUAAACUACCUGCCUAUCUCCCACAGAAUACAAGUCUUAUUAACAUCAAGAAGAAGCUUGAGGCUGAUCUGGUCCAGGUUCAAGGUGAGGUGGAUGAUGCUGUCCAGGAGGCCAGGAAUGCAGAGGAGAAGGCCAAAAAGGCCAUCACUGAUGCUGCCAUGAUGGCUGAGGAGCUGAAGAAGGAGCAGGACACCAGCGCUGACCUGGAGAGGAUGAAGAAGAACCUGGAGGUGACUGUCAAAGACCUGCAGCACCGUCUGGAUGAGGCUGAGAGUCUGGCCAUGAAGGGUGGAAAGAAACAACUCCAGAAACUGGAGUCCAGGGUGCGCGAGCUGGAGACUGAAGUUGAAGCUGAGCAGAGACGUGGCGCAGAUGCUGUGAAAGGAGUGCGCAAAUAUGAAAGGAGAGUGAAGGAGCUCACCUACCAGACCGAGGAAGACAAGAAGAAUGUGACCCGACUGCAGGAUCUGGUAGACAAGCUGCAGCUGAAAGUGAAGGCCUACAAGCGCCAAGCUGAAGAAGCUGAGGAGCAGGCCAACACUCACCUGUCCAGGUACAGGAAGGUGCAGCACGAGAUGGAGGAGGCUCAGGAGCGUGCUGACAUCGCUGAGUCCCAGGUCAACAAGCUGAGAGCCAAGAGCCGCGACGCUGGGAAGGUAGAAAAUAGUUGUGCAGAUGUUGUAAAAGUGAACAUUUUAUUGUUGUUGAAAUAUCUUUACACAAUUGUGUCAUUUUGUUCUAGAGUAAAGAUGAAGAAUGAAGACACCACAACAACAAGCAAGCAUAAAAUAUGACUUGUGUUAAGUUUU